AUGUCCGGAGUUGGCGAGGCUCUCGCUAUCGUGAGCUGCGUCGCAGGUCUCAUCCAAGCCUAUGAUGCGGGCGCUCGCAUCAUCCGGCAAAUCAAGGCUCGACGGCAAGCCCACGUUGCCCUACCACCAUCUGAUCUACUAGAGGAGUCAAUUGAGAAAGGCAAGAAAGAGAUAGAACAAGUCGUCGCUGAAGGAAACAAGCGAUUUGGCCCUGCCUUUGAACAGGGCGAUACGACUGCCAUCAUCGCACUACAAAAGAUCACAAUCGAUACUCAGAAUGCCCUCCUAGAAGGCCUCACGCAGGCCAGAGGCGACGAUGGUAUCAUUGAUUUCGACACUUGUAUCGAUGCCUCUGAUAAUGGCCGACAUGACGCCCUCGCUGCCCUUCAUGCGCUCUUUCAGCGCAAGUUAAAGGAAGAAAUGCAAAGAAAGAGAAAUGCGCAAUCGAAACAAGACUCCACAUCGCGACCGGCCAGUAUCGAGUCUUCGGCGAAUGCAAGCAUUCAGCCCGUGGCAUCCCAGUCGACGCUACCAGUGGUAGAGCAGACACCUGCUGCCAGUCCGCCUCCGCAACAGAGGGCCAAAAAGUCUCACACUUUGGGCAGCCUCCUCCGCCGGAGGGAGACCAGCCAACAGGGUAUCCCAUCUUCACAGAUGGCAGCUAGUCCUCCAAGUCCAGCGACAUGUUCGCCGCGGGCAUCGCAACAAGAGGUCUUCCCGCGGGCUUCUCGUCGAGAUACUACGGCUUCAACCAGUUCAUCUGCUACAUGGUCCAGCUCGGGCAGUCGGUCAUCUGUGGUAGGCACCUAUGACUUGGCCAUGCGACCAGCAGGUCCGACCGCGCGAUCGAACACCGAGAUGCCCUCUACCCCGAUCGUUUCAAGGCAGACCACCUCGCUGUCCACGUUUUCAAUGGCAUCAAACCUGUCCACUGCAUCCACGCUGUAUCCCAUCACAAAUUUUGGUGGAUGCUGCAAGAAGGCCUACGAGCUUCGCGAGGGGUCAACCAAGAAAGCACUUUCAUUAGCAUUCCUCGGCAUGUACCGCAGUGACAUGGCUUACAAGUGUGCCAGCACCAAAUGCCACUUCGCUGGCAAAGCUAUCUCAGAUAAGAAGGGCCAUCAGAUUGAUACUCGCAUUUGGCAGACUACAGGCGGAGUUCGGUAUCGUUGGCUGUUUCUCGCCAAGUCACAUAUGCAACAACAGAAAGAAGGAGAACUACCAUCUUUCCGUUGUUUGAUAUGUACGCUGCUUGGUGACGAGUCAGGGAUCUAUCAUGGAAGUAAGGUUCUACUUGCUCAUGUUGCUAGCCAUCAAGGUGGUUAUCUAGGCGACAACCGGCUCGCUGGACCGUUGUCAUUCUCCAACCGAUGUGCAGCAGCAGCCUUUGAGGAUGACUUCGACCUCAGUUUUGCAGACAUCGAACAGCAGUUGUCGCUCCCCGAUGAGGGUAUACAACACGGCGCUGCAAUGAUGGUGCCGGCGAGUGUCCCGCGGGAUGCACGCACCACUGACACGGGAGUGCUUUUGAAAGAGAUGACUUCUUCCGCCUCUGAGGCUUAUGACGACAAUCCCUGGGUGACUGAAGGGCGGAUGUGA